AUGUCGAUUGAUGUAUGGUCCGUGGGGUGUAUCUUUGGCGAACUCUUGGGGCGCCGAGUGAUGUUUCCAGGAAAGAGCUAUGUCGACCAGCUCAAGGUCAUCAUCGAGGUCGUGGGCACUCCAUCGACGUUUUCAUUCUGCGAUAACCCGAGCGCGCGGCGGUUUGCAGGGCGCCAGCUACUCACUCGCAGUCCGCUAAUUGCCAAAGUGGCGUGGCCAGAUGUGUUUCCCCACGCCAACCCAGAGGCACUGAAUUUGCUCGACAAACUAUUGCAAUUUGACCCAACCGACCGCAUCUCGGCGGCCGACGCCCUCCAGCACCCGUACUUUGACUCGUGUCGGAAUGAAGACCUGGAUGCGAUGGUGUUCGACACGAACGACCCUCCCGAGACCAGCAACUUUGACUACAAAAAGGUCGAACCGGCGCAACUCAAGCAACUCCUGUACGACGAGGUCAUGCGGGAACGUUAA